UUGAGCCAUGUAUGCUGGGACGGCGCAGAAGCAGCCGCGACGACAGUUUACCUGGAAGAAGCAAGAAGAUGAAGGCGAAGCAGAGCACUUGGAAAACGAGGAACUAAGGGGUCACUGGCAGAACUUCCAUCCUUUGCCGCGCGGAGCCAAGACCCUGGCGGACAAUGCCGUGGAGUGCGUGAAAGCCAUGGCGCGGGAGGUUUUAGUGGUGGAUGUGGCUGGUGGCAAUGACUGCAAUGACUAUGGCAUGGCACACAGUGGCCCUGCGGAAUAUUUGGUGGACAACAGCCAGCUACAGGCGCACGCACCUGGCAUCACCUUUCGUUUUAGUAAACAGUUGGAAGACCGCGACGACCUGGGCGAACUUGCCGCCUUUGGUAGUCUGGUCUUGGGCAUUGACGAGGGCGAUGGAUGGCUGCGCGCGCAGAACCCUUCCGGCGAGAUCCGUUUUCUGCCCAUGGAGAUCCAGGGCGUCACGGUGCUCUCGCGGACCGGGGCCGAACGCCAGCGGGAGGCUCUCCAGGAGCGGCGUCGCCGCAAAGAGGAGGCCGAACAGCACCAGAGAGAUCUGGAGGCCUGGCAGCGUCGCGCCGCCGAUGCGGAGCGGCUGCACCAGGAGCGCAAACGCUCCGCGCAGGCUCAUCGAGAAGAAACUGAGGAUCCCAAGGCGGAUCUGCUGAAGCCCAGCACCAGUGGCAUUCGGGGCCGUACCGAGGCUGUCCUUGAACGACACUAUGCUGGGGAAGAGGAAGAGGCGCCAGAUCACUACCAAGUGCUGGGCGUACCACGCCAUGCCUCGCAAGAAGAAAUUAGCCAGGCCUACCGCGCCCUGUCGAAGUUGUACCACCCAGACCGCCUGAAAAGCUCUGGUGGAAUGUUGAGCCAGGCCGCGGCGCAGCGGAGCCAUGAGCAACGCAUGGCCGCGCUGAACGCUGCGAAGCGCACCUUGUCCGAUGCCAGGUUGCGUCAAGCUUAUGACAAGACCCUGCCAGAAGAAGAGGCUGAGACCUUGGAGAAUGCCAAGGUGCAGGCCUUUUCUGGUGACAAGCUGGAGGAGCAAUAUGACUUCGACUUCAUGGGACCCGACAGGCCCUUCCGGAUUGCCAAAGGCCGAGCCGCCCGCGCCGCCAAAGCUUGUGGGAGUCGAGAUCGCGUGCGUUUGGCCAUGGACCAACUACGAGGGAAGGAGAAGAUGAGCCUUGCAGAUAAAGAUGGCCAGAUUCGGCCGGCAGGGCCGAUGACGCCUUUCACUGGCUUAGGCUCUUGUGCCGACCCAGACUGUGUUGCACAUCGCCUGGCAUGGCCUCAGGUGCGCAGUCGCUUCCGUGACUUCAUCGUGGGACGGAUCCGAGACGCGCAGAACAAUGUGGGGGGCCUUUCUCCCUGGUGGAAUCCCUCGGGAUUCAGGUACAGCUCCAUCGGCAGCGGUCAGCUCCUCUUUGACCUGGACUUGAUCGAAAGGAUCCGCUACGCUGGGGUGCGCAUCGCACAGAUUUGCCUCGUGGACACGGUCUAUGCUGGCUCACCACCGCCUGUCGAUAUCCGCAGAGCUUUGCGUGAAUUCACGGACUGGCAACGUGCGGCGUCGCAGCUGUGUCGACAGGAGCCCGCGGAGGUCUUGGUCUUUAGCGAAGUCUGGGACUACUACGAGAGCUGCUGUGAAUCCGAAUCGUCAGCUUUUCCCGAUUCCGAGCGCUACAGGCAACCCUGCGACCUCUUAGUACACUGUGAUGCCGCCUGGCCCGGUGCCGAUGAGGAGCUGGAACAAUUGGCGCAAGUCUCUCUGAGUCGAGGUGGUCUCUUUGCCCAGCUCUCGCAGCAAGCAGUGACCGAUGUCGAUGUGGCUGGGACCGCUGGGACAUCAGAGGUCAAUGAACGUGGACACAGUUUGGCUCCUUUGAUGGCUCGCGCGUGGAUCCAGAUGGAUGCUCAAGGCACUUCCGAAGCUUCACCUCAGCCUUCGCGGCCUUCACAGCCUUUGCUGGUGGAGCUGGAAGAUGAAAUGCUGGACCGGUGUCGCGAGGCCAUCGAGGACACCAAGGUCUCGGAGCCCAAGUGCGAUCUGCAGAUGGCGCGGAUCCUGGCGGAGGCGCGGGAGAAGGCGCAACAGGAGGCGCGGAAACGAGGCAAAGCUGCAGAUGUCGUGGCGACCAAGUCGCGGAAAGCCUUUGAAGCACCUGCUCGCCCCGAAGAGCCCAUAGAAAUCUCCUUCCGUCAAAGUCAGCCGCCCUUCAGCUACUUCAACGACCGCCAAAGCAGUCGAAGUCGCGUGCCCGGCAAAGGGAACGACAUCCAGAAGGGCAAGGUUUUUGACAGCUUCAAAUUCCUCACGGCCCGAGAUGAUGAGCUCCCAGGUCCCACCGUAAAAGCUGCGCCUCUGAAGACGGGGCUGACGGCAUGGAAGGUGGUCUACGCCAAUCCCGUGGCCAUGCGCGCGACGCCAAAAGCCACGGGCCGUUUGGUGGGACAGCUACAUCCAGGAGAUGUUGCCUACUGCAACGAGAAGUCGCGGAGCGGCGACUGGCUCAAAGUGGAGGAGGUGGAAGGACAAGAUCUGCGGGAUGAUGCUUGGGUGCUCGUGGAUGGUUCUGACUUUGGGAUGGGUAUUUUGCUCCAGAAAGUGGAGAAACGCUGACCUUCCGGCCUGGCUGGUGGUUUCUGCGUCAAUCUCUG